AUGCUGACCGUCAAACCCAUUGAGCUGCGGGCCCAAGUGUCCCACGAGGUCGCGGGCGUGCCCGGGGCGCUGGCCGGGCUUGUGAGGCUUCUGGCCGACCCCAACCCUACAACCGCCGGCGACGCGGCGCAGACGCUGCGCCUGAUCGCCUUCUUGACCCCGGCGGCGCGCGGCGCCAUCAUGCGCCUGCCCGUCGCCGCGGCGCUUGUGAGCCUGCUGCGCCGUCACACCGGCCGCGAGGAGGAGCAGGAUACCGCAAGGCACAGCGCAAUAAUGCUUGCGUCACUGGUUGCGCGGCUGGGCGAGCCCCGCCCGACGAACCUCUUCACCAACACCUCUGUCGAGUUCGCCAGGCUCAUGGCGGCGGCCCCUGGCGCCAUGUCGAUGGUCGCCCAGGAGUUGGCAGAGUGCGACGUCUCGCCGGCGGCAGAGCUCCACUCGCUGGUGCACGCCAUCUCCGCCUCAACCCUCGUCGGCCAGAUCGUAUUGGCGGCCAGCUCGCCCCGCGACGACCCUCAGAUGCUGCUCCAAAUCGUCGCCGGCACGCCGGCCCUGCUGCCCGCCGCCGCCCAGGCGCUUCAGCGCAUGCUGGACGGCCCCUGCGACCUCAGGCCCUGGUUUGCAGGCCGGGACCUGUCGAGCACGGCGGCCGACCUCGGCAAGGCAUGCGUAGCGCUCGCGCUGGCCACAUCGAGGCUGCUGAUUUACAGCGAGGCUCAAUCACGGGGCGCCGUCGAGGCCGUGCGAGCGGCGGUGCCCGAGCUGGUGCCGUCGCUGCGGCGCGCCGCACGGCGGGCGAGGGCGGCGAAUGUGGGGCGCGCCGGCGAGGCGCGAGACUUCUUCUUGCAUCGUGUGGAGGGCGUGCUGAGCCUGUUGGAGGCUGACCACCAGGCAGAGGCGUAA